UGCGGGAGGAGAGGAUGGAGGAGGUGCAGAAUAACCUGCUCAACCACCUCGACGACGAGGACACCGCCCGUCUUAAGGGUAGGCGUGUGGUGGUCAAGCGCAAGUUCCGGGUGAAGCGGACGUCACUGGUCAUCGCAUGCAUCCUUGUCGGCGCCAUCGUCUGGCUCCUGCCUCGUGAGCACCAUGCUACUCCGCCCACAGGCCAGGGUAUCACCGACAAGCUCUCGGCUGCUAUCCGGGCCAAUGUCCGCAAGUUCGUGGGACAGACGCAGUUUGCCGAGGCGACGCGGGUGGCGAACAAAGAGCUGAUGGAGAUGUCUACUAGCAAUGGGACGAGAUGGCGAAAGGGCGGAAAGACGAUGGUGGUGCUGCACGUGGCCAACGGCAAGUAUCAGGAGUGGCAGAUGCGAACGGCGCUGUACUCGCUGCGCAAGUACAACCCAGAGAUCAAGAUUGUGACGCUGUUGGCCAUGCAGAACAAAGUGGAGGACAAUCCUUAUGCAUGGGAGAAGGAUUGUAGCCUGGGACCGUACUCAGGCUGUCCGAUGGAGGUCUUCUACGAGGACUACACCUUUACCGCUGGCGACGAGUUUGUGGUGUACAACCGGGCUCGGCACCUGAUGAAGUUCAUCUCGGAGCUGCGCGAGCGGCAGGCUCAGGGCAUCGACGCCGAGUACACCAACAUCAUCCUGUGGGAGCCGGACAUGACGUGCCUGCGCUCGCUCGAUGGCAUUGUGGCCGAGCCGGAGAAGCCCAUCGGCCAUCAGUUCUGGUACAUGGAGGAGUACCACAUUCCGCGGUGCAACAACAUUGCAAAAGCUUGCUCGAUGCGGACUGACAAGCCGCCGCCGGUCGGCCUGCCCAUGGCCAUUCACGUUGACGACCUGCACACUGUUCUCGGCCUCUGGAUCCAGAAGACCAUCCUUGUCCGCACCUCGGAUUGGGGCAAGGACCCGGACUCGGGCACCUCGUCGUGGAUUGCCGACAUGUGGGGCCUGGCCUGUGCCUUUGCCGACCUCGGCUGGGAGGUCGAGUACACCACCCGCAUCGGCCCACACUCGGGCAUGGACUUUGACCACACUGUGUAUCCUGAGACUUGGGCCGUCCACUACACCUUCCUCUCUGAGUUCAAGGACAAGGGCUGGCGUCUGGAGAAGCGCGACUGGUGGAUGGGUGCGCCGCUGCCGCGCCCAUUCCCGCCCAUUCCUGACGAGGCCAACGACUUGCAGAAGCGCUGGUUUGCCGAGUGGCACGAGGCGCUCAUGGCUACGUACGAGCCCGACUCGCGCGAGACGUACUGGUAA